AUGUCAGAUAGGUAUACUCGUUUAGAAAAGUUAGGUGAAGGGACUUAUGCAACAGUUUAUAAAGGAAGGGAUCGCAGCACAAAUGAAAUAGUAGCUUUAAAAGAAAUACAUUUGGACACCGAAGAGGGUGCACCUUCAACUGCCAUUCGUGAAAUUUCUUUAAUGAAAGAGUUAAGACAUCCGAAUAUUGUAAAAUUACUGGAUGUUAUUCACACAGAAAAUAA